GCGGAUCCGGACAGAGAGCGCGCUGUCGCACGCAAUUCGAUGCUUUACGGAUUAUCCCCUCAAACUGUCGAUACAUGAAGAAGGAACACGAGGCAGAAGGGAUAUUAUGCCGAUUUUGCAGUAGGAAGAAAGAGGAGGGAGGCAGCAGAGCGUUUUUGAUGACAGCGGGUCUCCAUCGCCCGUUCCUUUCUCUGUAACGACCAUGCUUUAUUUUCAGUUGGUAAUAAUGGCUGGGACAGUCAUGCUAGCUUAUUACUUUGAGUACACCGACACUUUCAGCGUGCGUGUGCAGGGAUUUUUCUGCUAUGACAGUUCCUACACGAAGCCCUAUCUUGGACCGGAAGAGUCGAGCGCUAUACCCCCAGCGGUCCUAUAUGCAGUGGUCACUGGAGUGCCCGCACUUGUGAUCACGGCCACAGAGUCUGUGCUGUUUCUGCUGCAGUAUGUUUCUGAGGAUCUGGAUAACCGCGAGAAGAUCAUCGUGAUGGGGGACUGCUGUUACCUCAACCCUCUGGUUCGCAGGACUUUCCGGUUUUUGGGUGUGUACGCCUUUGGUCUUUUUGCCACGGACAUCUUUGUGAAUGCUGGUCAGGUUGUGACGGGGAACCUGGCUCCUCACUUCCUCACAGUGUGCCGGCCCAAUUACACAGCCCUGGGCUGCCAGCCGAAUGCCAUCUUCAUCAACCAACAGGAGGCGUGCACAGGAAACGAGGACGACGUCAUACGCGCCCGCAAAUCCUUCCCAUCCAAAGAGGCGGCUCUUAGCCUCUACGCCGCGCUGUACAUAGCUAUGUACAUCACAUGCACUGUGAAGAACAAAGGCACCAGGCUGGCUAAGCCCGCUCUGUCUCUGGGCCUGCUGUGUCUAGCCUUCCUGACUGGAAUAAACAGAGUGGUAGAGUACAGGAACCACUGGUCUGAUGUCAUCGCCGGCUUCAUCAUAGGAGGAGCUAUAGCAACAUUCAUGGUGAUGGGUGUGGUGCAGAGGUUCAAAGGGAAGCCCUUGCUCAGUGAAAUCCCUGCUGAGGAGAGCCUGGACAGCUCGCCCAUAAUCGGCCACCCUCGGGAGGAGAACCCUCUGGAGAAGUACAUAACUACCCAGACUCCCAUCACCUUCGCCGAGGUCACAUGACAGCGAUAAGCCCCGGCACUGCGGACGCCAUCGCUCUCCUCCGUCCGGUCCCCGUAGUUGGAGUGCAGCGCUAAUCCCGUCGUUUGACAUUUUCAUUGCAGUACAGUAUAUCUGACCACAUCAGUGUUACACGUCCUCUGUGCAGGAAAUAUGAUGCAUCGCCGUGACAGCACCUGCUUCUUCCCCCAUUUAUUACAUGGAUCAUGUCCAAGACUGGGAUACCCACAAAGACCCUAUUUUUAUACAAAAAAAAACUAAACUAAACUAAAAAAAACACCUUCUCAUGGCUUAUCCCUGCACAUUGUGUUUCGUGGGCAAAAUAAGUGGAUUUAAAUGUAGUUGACUGCACCGGCAAAGAAACAUUGUGAAGUCUUUCCAAAGUUUUACUUUUUGUUGAAGUUCAUGCAUUUCACCAUGGGUGUUUACGUGUUAUUUUAUUUUUAUAUGCACUUAUUUAUACCAAUGUGCUGUAGAAUUUAUGAAAAUGAAGAGGUAAAAAUAUGAAAAUCACUGUCUUAUUUAGUUUAGAACUCAACCAGGAAGAAUGCACGCUCCAUUUUAUUUAUUCUGUAAAUGGCAUUCUGGAGAUGUUUUUCUGUUUUAUAUUUUUGAUUUCUACAUAAAAUGAUGGUUUGCUCGGA